CAAGACGCACAAUCCCCUCACCUCACCACUUCUCACAACCAGCAACCCAUACCUUCUACACCAAUAUUAGCAAACACACCUGCAACCGACUACAGGCCCUAGUCCUAUUCGACUAGCGUACCCCUGUCAGUCCAAACUCACUCACUCCAUCUCUAUACUCUCACCGUGGCUCCCCCCCUCGCCACCAUGUCCACCAACCGGCCAUUCCUGGCCAACUUCCUAGCGGCCUUUCGCGCCCAGUCCACAUACAAAGCCUCAGCAGCAGGUUCACAAUCCGCGACCGCUGGUCCAUCCUCCUCUCUCUCCUCCACCCAAAUCUCCCAAGGCGCACGAGCCAUAGCCACCAAGGCCAGCAGCGGCAACGCAGCCGCUUCCUCAUCAGAUGCCUCUCCAUCCACCACCACUCAUCACUACCACCAUCAUUCCACCACAAGCGCUUCAUCCUCCUCUCACUCCCGUCCUCACUCGCACCAGCGAUCUCCAUUGAACCAACCCGAAUCUUCUCCAGCAUCCCCGGCCCCACCUCAGACCCAGCAGGCCGCUUCUUCUCCACCCACCCCGGCCGCAUCAAACCCCAUCCCGAUCACAAACAGCCAAGGCCGCCAGCGUCGCGGCAGCGACAGCUCCAGUGGCUCGGGAGGGUUCCGCGAUGCGCUGGGUCCGGAGAAGUGGUAUAUCGGAGGUCGAACGCCUGGCGGGGAGGAGCGGUUCUACCGUUUAGGGAUGGUGACGAAGGGCGGAGGUCGACUCGGUGGGAGCGGUAGAGUGGGAAGCAUUGAUCAGCUAAGUCUGUGAUUGAUUGAUUGAUUUAUUGAUUCAUGGUGUUUGGGGAUAUGAGC